GAGGUUUUGUCAUCUUUGCGCCCAGUUGAGAAGGGCAACCUGGAAAGCCAAAGCCGAAGGCCAAAGCUCUUAAGACUGAGUAGCCGAACAAAGUUCACCGCCAAACUCUAAACCCUUCUCUCUGUCUCUUCAAUAGCUUCCUUACUCAAUCAUGGCUGACAACACAGAGGUACCGACGGAGUGCGUGAAAUCGGUGAAGUUCAGUUUCUUCAGCGACGAAGAUGUUCGAAAAAUCAGCGUUAAGAAGAUUACAAAGGAUCAGUAUCUUGAUGUCAUGGGCAGACCCGAGCCUGGUGGAUUGUAUGAUCCUCAUUUGGGCCCCCUCGAAGAAACCGUCCCUUGCAAGACAUGUGGGCAGUACUAUAGUCCUUGCCAUGGUCAUUUUGGUCAUAUUGACCUCGUUGCUCCGGUUUAUAAUCCCUUGCUAUUCAAUAUUCUGUACAAUAUUCUUCAUAGAACUUGUUUCUUUUGCCACCAUUUUCGGGCAACUAGAAAACAGGUUGAGACAUGUGUUUCUCAGUUAGAACUCAUUGCGAAAGGUGAUAUUGUUGGGGCCAAAAUAUUAGAAGCUGACAUGCCAAGUGAAACCUUGUAUUCAGAUGACAGUGAUGGGAGUCAAUAUGAUGAUGUUGGGCAUUCAAGGCAGCAAGGAUGGACCUCUCUUCAGUUUACUGAAGCAAUGUCUGUUUUGAAAAAGUUUUUGAAGCCGAGGUCUCCGGCUUGUAAGAAUUGUGAAGCCAAAAAUCCUGCAAUCAGUAAACCUACUUUUGGAUGGUUUCAUAUGAGAGGAAAAUCAAGUGAUGCUAGACAGAAUGUUAUUCGAGGGCAUAAUUUGGAAGGGUCAUUCACUGGUAGAACUAAUAAAAAAGCUUUGCCUGAGGUGGAAAAUAGCAAUGAUACGACUCCCUGGAGUGAUGUUGUUGAUUCUGCUGAAACAGAUACUGCCAGUGACACCUCUCCUAGACCACAAGAUAGUGCUACAAGAAAGCAUGGAGGAAAAGGAGGGGAAGUGCCUCAUCAGUUUGUUAAGCAGAAAGAUUUUUUUUCGGGACCUCUAUUACCAUCGGAGGUUAAGGAUAUUUUGAAGGAUCUCUGGGAAAAUGAGGUUGAACUCUGCUCAUUCAUCAGUCAUAUUCAGCAUCAGGGACUUGAAAUGAAAGUUGGUGAAAUGAAAGAUGAUUACUCCAUGUUCUUCUUGGAGACUAUUCUUGUACCUCCAAUCAAAUUCCGCCCCCCAGCCAAGGGAGGUGAUUCAGUAAUGGAGCAUCCACAAACUGUCUUGUUAAAUAAGGUGCUACAGUCAAAUAUACAAUUAAGAUUUGCUCAUGAUGACAACUUAGAGCGCUCAAAGAUAGUGAGCCGGUGGAUGGAUCUCCAACAAUCAGUAAAUGUGUUGUUUGAUAGCAAAACUGCAACAGCUCAAGGUCAAAGAGGUAUAGCUUCAGGAAUUUGUCAGUUGCUGGAAAAGAAGGAAGGCAUGUUCCGCCAGAAAAUGAUGGGAAAGAGGGUCAAUUAUUCUUGCCGCUCUGUCAUAUCCCCAGAUCCCUAUUUAGCAGUUAAUGAAAUUGGAAUCCCUCCAAAUUUUGCAUUAGAAUUAACCUAUCCUGAGAGGGUGACUCCUUGGAAUCUUGUCAAGCUGAGGAAAGCUAUCAUCAAUGGUCCUGUAAUACAUCCUGGAGCUACACACUAUGCUGAUAAGCUGGGUAUUAAGAAACUGCGAAAAGAACAUCUAAAAGAACGCAUUUCAAUAUCAAGGAAAUUGCCAUCCUCACGAGGUCUUCUCACACAGCAUGGAAAAGGAAGUGAUUAUGAAUUUGAAGGAAAAUUUGUACGUCGUCACUUGCAAGAUGGGGAUAUUGUGCUUGUCAACAGACAGCCAACUCUCCACAAGCCUAGUAUAAUGGCACAUGUAGUUCGUGUGUUAAAGGGGGAGAAAACACUUCGUAUGCACUAUGCAAACUGCAGUACGUAUAAUGCUGAUUUUGAUGGUGAUGAAAUGAAUGUUCAUUUCCCACAAGAUGAAAUUUCUCGUGCUGAAGCGUACAACAUUGUAAAUGCAAAUAAUCAAUAUGUCAAGCCCACAAGUGGUGAACCCAUCAGAGCCUUGAUUCAGGAUCAUGUAGUAAGUGCUGUACUUCUUACAAAGAAGGAUACUUUUUUUAGUGCUGAUGAGUUCAACCAACUUCUUUAUUGUGCCGGCCUCUCAGCUGCAAGUCCAGCUUCUUUUAAUGGAAAAUUUGGCCAGAAAGUUUGCAUAUUAAACUCUGACUGUGAGAUGCAGCCCCUUCCGCCUGCAAUAUGGAAACCGGUGCCUCUUUGGACAGGGAAACAGGUAAUCAGUGCCUUGCUGAAUCAUAUUACAAAGGGUCGCCCACCAUUUAAUGUUGAAAAAGACGCGAAACUUCCACAUGAUUUUUUUAAGAGUAAUAGAAAUGAAAAGAAAUUGAACAAAGAAGAAAAGUCUGAUAAAGAUGCAUCAAAGGAAAAGAAGCGAGAUAUAGAGAAAACAAGUCAAGGGAAAAAGGUAGACAAAGAUGCACCAACGAGGAAGGAGCCUGAUGAAGAUAAGUUGUUGAUACAUAAGAAUGAUUUGGUGCGUGGUGUGAUCGACAAGGCUCAGUUUGCUGAAUAUGGUUUGGUUCAUACAGUGCACGAACUCUAUGGCUCAAAUACUGCAGGUGUCCUGCUUUCUGCGUUAAGUCGCUUAUUUACUUCUUUUUUGCAGGUGCAUGGGUUCACAUGUGGAGUAGAUGAUCUUUUGUUAAUGAAAGAGAAAGACAAUGAGAGGGAAGAAAAACUUCAAGAUUGUGCGGAAGUUGGAGAAGAAGUUCAUCUUAAGUUUGUUAAUGACAAGGGUAGUGUUAAAAUAGAUGCAGAUGUUCUGCAACUGAAUAUUGAAAAAAAAAUACGCAGUAACGGAGAAUCUGCCUUAACAGACUUGGAUCGGAAGAUGAUAAGUAAACUGAAUGAAGAAGUAAGCAAGGACUUUUUCAAAGAGCUGUUGUCCAGAGGGUUAUUGAAACCCUCUGGAAAGAACUGUAUUUCUCUCAUGACUACAUCAGGGGCUAAGGGUGCUUCGGUUAAUUUCCAACAAAUAUCUUCUCAUUUAGGCCAACAAGAGCUAGAAGGAAAACGAGUCCCUCGAAUGGUUUCUGGAAAGACCUUACCCUGCUUUCCUCCAUGGGAUUGUGCAGCUCGAGCUGGAGGCUUUAUUAUUGAUCGGUUUCUUACUGGAUUGCAUCCUCAAGAAUACUACUUCCAUUGCAUGGCUGGUCGUGAAGGGUUGGUUGAUACAGCAGUGAAGACAUCUCGCAGUGGAUACCUCCAAAGAUGCCUAAUAAAAAAUCUUGAGUGCCUAAAAAUAUGUUAUGAUCAUACUGUUCGUGAUGCUGAUGGUUCCGUUAUUCAAUUUUUCUAUGGAGAAGAUGGUGUAGAUGUCCAUCAAACAAGUUUCAUUGCUAAAUUUGAAGCACUAGCAGCUAAUCAAGAAAUUUUUUCCAAAAAAUUUCGUCAAGGGCUUCACAAGUCCAAUGUUUAUAUUAAGGGAUUGCCUUCUUCUCUUGAAAAAAAAGCGAAGGACUUUGUGCAUAAGUUUACCUUGAAGGAGAAAAAUCCUGAUAUUUUAAAAGAAAAGGAUUUUUUGAAGUUAAUGGAACACAAAUACAUCUCAAGUCUUGCACAGCCUGGAGAACCAGUUGGUGUGCUUGCAGCGCAGUCUGUAGGAGAGCCAUCAACUCAGAUGACGCUGAAUACGUUCCAUCUUGCUGGGAGAGGUGAAAUGAAUGUGACACUUGGAAUUCCGCGUUUGCAGGAAAUUUUGAUGACUGCUGCAAGAGAUAUUAAGACACCCGUGAUGACAUGCCCUUUCCAAGUUGGGAGGUCAAAGGAAGAUGCCUCUUGUCUUGCUGAUAAGUUGAAGAAGAUAACUGUAGCAGACAUAAUAAAGAGUAUGAAAGUAUCAGUUGUGCCAUUUGCUGUUCAUGAUCACCAGAUUUGCAGUAUUUACAAGCUUGAGAUGAUGCUUUACGUACCUGAAAACUAUCCAAAAAACACUGAUAUUUCAUUAGAAGAUUGGGAGGAAACUCUAGAGGUUGUUUUUGUGAGGGAAUUGGAGGAUGCCAUACAAAAUCAUCUGCUCUUGCUUUCUAAAAUUAGUGGCAUCAAAAAUUUCAUGCCAGAUUCAAAAUCAAAUACAUCAAAUGGGACAGAUGAUGAUGAUGUAUCUGGCAACAGAUCACAGCAUGAGGAAGAUGCUGAUGCUGAUGAAGAUGCUGAUGAUGGUGCAGUGUCUGAUGAUCUGGGUUUGGAUGUACAAAAGAGAAAACAGCAAUCAAUAGAUGAGAUGGAUUAUGAUGAUGCUUCUGAAGAGGAUCCAAAUGAAGGGGAGCUAUCAGCUGGCUCUGAAAGUGAAAUUGAUCAGGCUGAGAAUGAAAUUGAAGUUACUAAGGAUGAUGCGAUUGAGCCACUUGAUGCCCUAGAUAUAUCAUAUGAACAAUCAGGAAAAUCCUCUAAGCAUAAAUCAAAGGACAAAAAGAAUGAAUCAAAAGCCAAAAGAAAGAAGAGAUCCAGGGGAAAACUAGUGAAAAAGGAGUAUGAUAGAGCAUAUUUUGUGAAAGCUAAGGGAAUGCACUUUGAGAUCCAUUUUCGAUUUACUAAUGAACCUCAUAUUUUACUGGCUCAGAUUGCUCAAAAAACAGCCAAGAAGGUUUACAUCCAGAGCUUUGGCAAAAUUGACGGGUGUACAGUUGUUACAUGCCAAGAAAAGCAAGUGAUAUUCUAUGGUAAAAAUCCCAAAGCCAGGAAGGAUAUCUCGCCUGCAGAAAAGGAAAAAGUUCCAGCACUGCAAGCCACUGGAGUGGAUUUCGGUACAUUUUGGCAGUUUCAGGAUGUUCUUGAUGUCAGGUGCGUAUAUUCCAACAGCAUUGAUGCUAUGCUAAACACAUAUGGUGUGGAAGCUGCCAGAGCAACUAUCAUCAGGGAAAUACAACAUGUUUUCGGUUCUUAUGGGAUAUCUGUCAAUAUGCGGCACCUAACACUUAUUGCUGACUAUAUGACUCAUUCGGGAGGGUAUCGUCCAAUGAACAGACUUGGGGGAAUAGCUAACUCGAUAUCUCCUUUUUGUAAAAUGUCUUUUGAGACAGCUUCUAAAUUUAUUGUUGAAGCUGCAAGUCAUGGGGAGACAGACGAGUUGGAGUCUCCAUCUGCUAGGGUUAUUCUUGGGUUGCCGGUGAAGGUAGGUACUGGAAGUUUUGAUGUUAUGCAGAAGUUGGAAAUCUGAUGUAGAGAGAUUGUAGCUUUUAUGGAUCUGGAAUAGAUGUGCUUUAACUUUGUAGUUUGUAUCACAAAUUUUGGGAUUUAAAGUAUGCUACAACAAUGUGCAGCAUCAAUUGUGUCAUGUGUAUAUUUAGUUAGUAAAGCUUUUAGCCAGAUAUCCUAAUUUAUCCUUAGGUCCACAUGACUUGCAACGACAGUUGUAUCUGUGUGAAUUUUGUCAAGCCUUCGAGAUUUCUUCAUAGCAAGUACUCUUGUAGAAGUAAUAUAAGUUGCAAAAUUUUGGUGAAAUAUGAUUUUAUUU